GUCACACAGCUCAGAGAAUGACUCUGCUGCCAUCUCAGCAGAGGAACAACGGACUCUGUGACAAAGCUUCCCCGACGCUGCCCUGGGGACCAUACAUGUGGAGGCAGGGAAGGGAUGGAAGAAAGCUAUGAGACAUUUGAGGAGGAGUUAGGGACAUCAAGAGCAGAUCCUCCUCCACACAAGCCUGUUCGACAGAUCCGCAGACCAGGUGCAUCAGCGAAGGGAGGCGCUGAAAUAUGACUCCUGGUCAAAAAAUGUAUGCUGCAAGGAAAAUCAGAGAGGAAAUGGCUCCAGCUUCACAACAACCAAGGGCAGAACCCAAGACUUUACUCAGAGAACCAAGCUUCCCUAGAACACCAUCCUUGCCUAAAACCUUGUCCACACAAAACCCGGCCCAGAUAGAAACACCGUGGGAGAACGUCACUCUGAACCGAUGUCUGUUUGUGGCCAUCACCAUCCUCGUGCUCACCUCGGGCUUUCAGAGGCUUCAUGAAACUUUGCGUAGUCAGGGGACUUCGCGCGGUCAGGAGGAAGAAGUUGUUGGACUGAAGGUGAGAUGGUCAGAAACAUCACGUCACAGAGGACAACCAUCAGAGCCUCAGACAUCUCUGUGGGAAUUAAUGUUGUUGUGGCUGCCAGACCUUGAUGACGAAGAGGAUGAGGAGGAAGAAGACGACGACGUAGAAGUGAAAAGAGGGAGAGCAAAGAGAGGAGCAAUGGCACGAACACCUAGAGGUCUCAGAAACAGGCCGCUACCGGACAAAAAGCUCACGAAGCAAAGAGAUGGGAAAUUAAAGGACAGGAGGGUCAGGAAAGCCAGGGAUGAAGAAACCAAAGACAAGAACAAAAUAGAUGAGGAGGAGGAACUCGAAGAAGCAGCGAGGGAAGAAGACGAAGAUCAAGGCGAUGAUGAGGAGAUAGUACCUGAGAAGAAUAAAAGGUUGGAGGAGAAGAGAGAGAAGAAAAAGACUCAAAAGGAAUGAGUUUAUUAUUUCUUCUGUCAGACACCAAUUAAUUUUCUAAUUCAUCAACAAUGAUUUUCUAAUUUGAAUCUUUUGAAUUCAAUCUUUAAAACUCAAAAGUAAUCUAUGCUUCCAGGACACAGAAACGUUGUGCUCCAGCUUUUUGUUGCCGUGUUUGAUCGAGGAUUCUGUUUGAUUCACCAGCGAAGUCACUGUCACUUGAAAUAUCCAUGUAAUUAACAGAUUUCUCUCUUUAUAGUGUUAAAAUAAAUAAAACUUAUUUCAGUCUGUCA